AUGGGAUUGAUCAAGACUGCAAUUCUGACCGGCGGUGGCAUAUAUGCCAUCAAAAAAGUCACCAAAUCCGCCGAGAACCGUCAUAACACACAGCAACCCCAACCCGACUACUCUCGUCAGAAUCCAAAUUAUCCUCAAGGAUACGAGGGGUUUCAAGGCUCGCCACAAAAUGGUUCUUCUCAACAAGGUCCCUACUACGGUGGCAACCAACAGCAAUACCCAGGGGGAUCCUCCUGCAACCACGAGCAACAUGAUCAGAGUUUCGCUCGUGGCUAUAGUGGCCAAAUCACCCCGCCGGCUUAUACCCAGCAGCCACAAGGUUACAAUGGGGGACCAGUAGGCAAUUCCGGUGGUAGCGAUCGGAAUUACAAGUCUGAAAAGAGAUAG